AUGUCAUCUAAAGAAAAUAAAGACAUUCCCGGAUUUGUUAAAGCGUUUCUUAAAGAAGGGAAAAAUAAAUAUUAUGUUCGUAUAGACAACAGUUUUAUUGAAGAUUCAUUCAAUUAUUAUGGAUUAGAAAAUCAAGUUCAUGGAUAUAAAGAAGCAAGAGAAUAUCUUCUUGAUAAAAAGAAAAAAAGUAUUACACAAGAAGAUGAGUUUCUUUAUAAUGGGGCAUCAAUACUAUAUGGACUUAUUCAUGCCAGAUUCAUUGUUAUUGAAGAAGGACUAAAGAAAAUGAAAAAGAAAUAUAAAAAACAAGAAUUUGGAAUUUGUCCUAGAUAUUAUUGUAACAAAGCUGCACUAUUACCAUUUUCUCCCUCUGAUAAAUUAAAUGAAUCAAAUAUUCAAUUAUGUAUGAAAACAAUGAGUGGAAAAAGUACUGUCAAAAAAAAUGAAAAAAUUUCAAAAAGAAUUAAAUUAUUUAAUGGGGUAAGUGAAAUUGAAUGUCAUGUUAAAGAUAUUGAGUUGUUUAUUAAUCAAUUUAAAACACAAAUUAGAAUUAAAGCAAUCAUUGAUUGUGAAGAAGAUUGGACUAAAAUAAAAAUUCUUGAAAAUGAAUGUAUUGAUGUUUCAUCUUUAGACAUUCGUUCUAUUCAUAUUAAAAGUAUAACUUAUUUACUUCAUUUAUUUAAAACAGUUAAUUCUAUUUCAUCAAUAUCAUUACCACAUACAUUAUUAUUAGGAUUACUUCAUAAAGACCCAAUAAUUAAUUCAUAUUUUGAAGAAUGGGAUUGUUUAUGGAAAAUUAAAUUAACAAAUGAAGUUUCUUCUUCUCAAGUUUCAACUUUAUUAGGGCUAAUACAAAAUUUAAAUAAAUCAUCAAACAUUAUAUUUUAUUUAUCAAAUACUACUAAUAAUAUUAUUCAAUUAUUGUUAAAACAUAUUAAUAAAAGCCAUAUUAAAUUAGUUACAUAUUCGUUAUUUUGUAUUAAUGAAAUUAUUAAUAAACAAAUUCUUUUUUUGUAUAAUUCUUCUUAUUCUUCAAAUUAUUUUACUCCUUUACAAAUCACAAAAAAACAAAUUAAUAUUCUUAAUUCAUUAUAUCUACCAAUUAUUAGAUAUAAAACAAUUAUUACAAACCAAGUGACUAAUCAAAUUACAUAUUUAUCUAUAAAUGGAAUUCUUCCUAGAUUUCUUCAAGUAAUAUCUCAUAUUCUUUAUUUUGAAUAUAUUUGUAAUACUUCAAAUUCAAUACAAAAAGUUGAUUUAUCAUCACUUGUAUUAUUACAAUCAUUAAAAAUAAUAAAUAUUAAUGGAAUUAUUCAUCAAACAUCAUUUGUAUUACCAAAAAAUCUUCUGUAUCUUUCAUUUACUAAUUGUUUAUACUCUUCUUCUCAAUUAAUUAAUUUUUCAAAUCUUCAGUCUUUAAGAAGUUUAACUCUUAUAGAAAAUAAAUUAAGAAGUGUUUCACUCCCUAGACAAAUUAAAUAUCUAUUUUGUUUAAAUAACCAAUAUCCAAUUCUAAUCACAAAUAAAAAAAGUUUAAAAUAUUUCAAUUAA